CUCCACCUCACUCAGCGGCUGUGGGAGGAAAAUCCAGCCCAGCAUUUUCAAGGUUAUCUCCUGCAGGAUACUUCACUCACGGAUCCUAUGGGAAUUCUGAUAACCGCGAUCUUUCUCUGGGCUGCAGUCGGAGUGGGAAGCCGACCAGCUACCUCACCCCUUAAUGACGCAAAGCAGGUUGAAUGUAUAAUUCAGGAGACACUGAAUGACGACGGGGGGCAGCAUGAGUGUGCUGGAUCCCAGCUUGCAGAUGAACUUAAUGAGCUGCAGAGACACCAGGGUCUUCUGAGGGAGCUGCAGAGGCUGGCUGAUGACGAGCGGGAAAAGGAGGAGCGGGAUGAAAAGGUGAGAGGGGAGUACAAUCUGGCCGACGAUGAGAGCGAAUUUGAGCAGAGAGACGAGGAAGAAGAGGAGAGUGAGGGGGAAGAUGAUGGAGGAAAGAAAGAGGAGCCAGAGACUGAAGGUGAUGAAGAGGAGAGAGACAGAAAGAUGGAGAGCCAGUUAGCUGAAGAGGUCAGCAAGGAAAGAGAGGAAGAAAAGAAUGACGAAGAGCUCAGAGAGCUGCUGAGGGAGCUGAAAAUGAAGCAACACAAGCCUGAGAAGGAGAACCAGAAAGGAGCAGAUCUAAAAAAGGAGGUGGAGGAGAAGAAGACCAAGCAGAGCAAAGAGGAAGAGGGCAAAAAAUUAGAGGACUUGGAGAAGCAGAGGAUGGAGGAGAGGAAGAAGAAUGAAGUGGAGCUGAUGGUGGAGAAAGAGAAGGUGGAGAAGGAGCUGAAGGAGCUACUCAAGGAGCAAAACAACGGGAGCAAGCCAGAGCAGGAGAGGGAGAGGAAGGAGAAGCAGGAGGAGCUGGAGGAGCUUGUCCGAAAGAUGAAACGGGUGCAGGAGGAGGAAACGCAGGAGCAGCCAAGCGGGAAGAGGAACACAGACAUUACGGAUGUAAAGGUGAAGGAAAAACAGAGUGGAGAUGAGGAGGAAGUCAAGAAGAAGAACGAAGCAGAGGAGGUGAAAGAGCCGCUGCAGAAGAGAGAGAUGGAGAAGGCCAGCGACGAGGCCACGAGGCAGUUUGAGAGGGAGAGGUACGAGGAAGAGGAGGAAAAUGCAGAGAAUGAUGAUGAAGAGGAGGAGUUUGUUAGAGAGGAUGAGGAUGAAGGGGAUGCUGAAGAAGAUGAAGGGGAGGAGCUCCUGGAGAUUGAAGCAGAGCUACGCAAAGUGGCAGCAGAGCUGAGGGAGCUUCGCCGGGGAUGAGAAGACCCCCCCCUCCCUUUUCCAUUCACACAUCACAAUCACACAUUCCCCAUUUUCCAGCCCUCACAAUCAUCGCUGCACUUGGAGGAACGUCUUUAAUCGUGAAUCCGUACGUGGCUCGUCAGUAGAAAGUGUGAAUUCUCUUUGCUUUUAGAUUGCCAGGAGGAAUCAGUCUCUGUUUCCGCGUCUGAACUGGACUGCCUCCUGGAGAUUCUGCAGGUUCUCUUCCAUCUCUGAUUUCCCUCUCUGAUUGCUUGUAAAAACGCUAUUUGUAAGAAGGACGGGGUCUUUUCACUUUAAUUGCACUUUCUCAAUCUCAUGCACUUUCAUUCAAACUUUACUUUGAAUGCACAAUACUAGAAACCCCUGAUCCUUCAAUCUGACCGUAUCGUUUGUAACAUGUAUUCCUGCUGGUCAGUUGUAGAUAUUCAGUGCAAUAACUGAUAACUUAGUUAAUGCUGUCCGACUGUUAAACAGUAACAAUGUUCAUAUUAUGAAUAAGUCAUUACUUCCUUACAGUUUCUUUAAAGAUCCAGCUGAAGCACAGAUUGUGUUUAAUUUGGCUCACGCACUGUUAAAACUAGACUGUUUAUAACGAACCCAAGUGGCACCGGCAGAAUUCAGAGAUAAAUCUUACAUUGCACCACCAAGUCAUGUGUGUCUUUGGUCUGGUGCGUUAAUGCGGAAGCAGAAUUUGAUUCUCUGAGAGCUUAAAAGGUCUAAAAGUGUCACUUUGGGUUCUUAUCCCGCUUUGCACUCUGAACAAGCCAAGGAGCAGUUGAAGAAAGGAGGAGGAACACUCUAAAGCCAUGAGCUGUCAGCGACAAUAACAGUGAUUUCCACAGCUGGCAUCCCAUUUGUGUAAAUAUUCCACUUUUGCUCCUUCAGCCAAGGUUACAUGAAACACGGAGCAGCAGCCCCCCCUUGAGGACGAUGGGUAGACAUGAACACAGUGCACGGAUCAACAGGGUCAGCAAUGGAGGUCCACUUGCUGCAACAAUGCAAUAUAGAUUAUAACACACGUGAAUGCAAUAAUUAGCUAAUUGUAAUUUAGUAUGUAAUGGAAAGCGCCAUUAGGAUUUUUUUAGCACAGAUUCAUGUGUUUAAAAACAUGCAAAAUAGUCAGCCGCAGGUUGGAUAAACUUUUAAACAAUCCCAGACUAUGAGCUGGAGAUGCUGAGAUAUUCUCCUCCAAGUAAAACUUUUCCAAAUGAGUUAUGAAUGUACUGUAUUUAAUUUUUUUUAUAGAGAAGUGAAAAAUUUUUUCCACAAUAUAAAACCCUAAAAGCCAGCAGAAGGCAACAAAUGUCUUUUUUAUGCUCAGGAAAGAAGGGAAUAUACAGAGAGCAAUCUGAGUAAAUAAAAAAACAACAUCUAGAAGAUUAAAAUAAUAUGUUAUUUACAAUAUUACUGGCCAAUCACAGUGCUGUACUUUGUGCCUGCUGUAUUCUUCUCUAUGCUACCUGUCAAUCAAUAA